AUGGGAUGUGGCAAAGUCAAGUUUGUAAUCGGCUUGCUGCUCAUGGUGCUGGUCCACGUGAACUCCGACGUCGAGGCGAAAUUAGAGAAGCCGCCCCUCUAUAACUUUCGGGUGAGGAGCGAUGGGAAGCUUGAGGGGGAAGGCUGUGUAUCAGAGAGCUCUUCGACCUGGUAUCGUGAAGCAGUCCUGUUACUUGGUCAGCAGCGGUAUCGUGAAAGCGCUGCCCUCCUGAAGCUGGUGGAGAGAUGCGGUUGCAAGCAUUACAAACUCUUUCAGGACAUGAGCGUCGCUCUCAGCCACGUCGAAUCUCAUUACAUGGCCUAUGUCAGCGCAAGUCUCGCUCUUGGGCAUUCGGAGUGCCUCCGGUUCCUGACGACCGGGGGUUCCGUUCCUCACUGCGACGCCCCUGAGCUUCUGUUGAACUACAUCGCUGCUCGCGAUCGGAUCGGUCAAGGCAUGGAGUUGUCAGCAGCUCUCCGGCUCUUCGACGUCUACAUUCAACUUGCCUGCAAGAGAGACGCGGGUGGAAACAUCGCUUGCCACGGACAGAGUGCAGCUCGAGCUAUCGUUGAGUGCUGGCGAAUAGGACAGUACACGUGCUCAAAUUGGUUCAGCUGGGACGUUAUGAGCUCGCUGUUGACAGCUGCCGUUGAGUCUGAUGUGAGGAAAUGCAAACGUCAGAGAUCUCAGGAGAAUACGUCGACUGCUGAUCAGGGCGUAUGCUACAGUAUCGUGCAACCAUGGGAGGCCACAGUUUUCCCACUUGAACAUGAACACGUGGUUGAGAUCGCUCGCCUGCGCAUCAACAGCCUGGUAAAGCAGAAUCAAGUCAAAUUUCCAGCUCAAGUCUUCAAAUUCUCGGCAUCACAAAACAAUCUGAUCAGAGUUGGACUAGUAGUCCACAAAAUUUCUGGCCUUGAGUCAGGAUUGCUGCGUGAUUUCCUUACUUCUCCAGUAUCUCUUGCUGGACAACAGGCCUCCCGCUUUUCAUUCACACUCUUCAGUUGGGAAGUCUCUCCCUCAAUAUCCUUGGCCCCUCAAGAUGUGCCGAAUGCUGGUUACAAGGGCCUUCAUGCUAUCGCGCGUGUUGUUGGACUCGAGUUGCUCAAUGAGUUUGAGGCUGCUUCUCGAAUCAACUCGGAGGAGAUCAAUAUUUUGAUGGACUUCAUGGGUUGGAUCCCUGAGGGCAGACAGUCCCUGACCUUGGAGACUAUGGCAUUCAGACCAGCUCCGGUACAGGUUUCACGGGACGUGCAUUCUACCUCGGGUGGAGGGCCCAUCGAUUACCUACUUGCCGAUCGCGUUGCCCUUCCUCCGGAGCUUGCUGCCCUGCAGCCGGACUCACUACUGCUCACAACGCCUUCAUUCUUCCCGAACAGCCACUUCUUCAAUUAUGACUUUGCAUACAACUGGACCGAGGAACCGGUGAUGUCAAAACUCCGCAGCAACGAACUUGAAUACUCAUGUCUCUUCUACAAGGAUGCCUGCGAAUGGAGCAAGGAUGCCGUUGCGAUCCUCGGACUGUACGAGUAUUACAAGCUUGAUCCUACAAUAUUUAGAAUAUGGGCACAGAUGGAAAACUUUUCGCCAAAGAAAACCCAAAGGUGUGAGCCCUUCAAGGGCAUGGUUGAGACUGACUGGCUGCCAGGGCUGUCCUGUGGAGCCCUUCUACUAGACCCGAGGCACUACUCCACUCACACUGUCGCUGUGGACUGUCUGUGGGCUGGUGUGCCGGUCGUUACCCGAGCAGGCCCUCGCCUCACCUCCCGUGUCCCUGCGUCUUUCCUCACUUCUCUCGGAGUGGAGGGAACGCUCGUAGUCAGAAGCUGGCAAGAGUACGCGCAGGUCGCUCGGGCCUUCGUCCGCUCGGGAUCUCUUAGGAGGUCCUUCCGACGCAGGAUGCAGGGGCUGAGGUUGAGCUCGAGAGCUUUCCAACGGUCGACGUACACGAAGAAGGUUCUGCAGCUGCUAGGCCUGGCGUGGGAGGUUCAUGUAUUUGAUGGCGAGAGAGACAACGGGAGAAAGAACUUGCAUGCGGUAGGAACCAUGGGUUGA